GGAGGACCCUGAUGGACAACAGCAAGGGGACGAGGCGACGGAUAGUUUUGUUGUCCGCGAAACAUUGACACCACGAGAAUAGACAUUAAGCGUCGGACUACAUCACGACACCUCUCUCAUCUUACAUUUUCUUCACUUCCAGAAAGCAUUACCUCGCGUGGCCCUGUGUAGCUUGUUGCAUUGUUUAUUCAUCCUCACUCACCGUCACCCGUACACAUUCCCCCCUUCCCUAAAAUAAACAAAAUGGCCUCCCAACUACCCCCUUUCCCACGCUUUGUCUUUACCAAAUUCGAACCUCUCUCACUACUAUCCGGCUUUCUCCCCGCCAUCCUCUCCCCCGAUUGGUUCACCCACGAACAACUCUCCUCCUCUUCACCUCUAAUCGCCUAUCCCACCGCCAGCCGCACCACCACCCGCCAACUAGGUAACAUGUAUUUCCUCGCCUUUCUUGUCGGGGUAGGCGUGCUGUACUCUUCUUCCGAGAUCAGAGUCGUCAAAAACUACCUGAUUGCUUUGUGGGUAGCGGAUCUGGGGCACAUGAUGAUCACGGCGGAGGCCCUGCGAUGGGAGGGGACGAUGGAUGUGAGCGGGUGGAAUGCCAUGACUUGGGGGAAUCUGGGAGUUACUAUGUUCUUGUUCCUGACGAGAUCGGCUUAUCUACUGGGGCUGUUUGGGCCGGAUAUGCCGAGGGUUGUGAAGGGGGCCAAGAAGACGGAGUGAGCAAGGGGAAAUCAUUUCGGCGAGCGAGAGCUAGUAUGGUGGUUAUCUGUUAUGUGGUGUUGUAGUAAACCCAUCAUCGACAGCAAAGUUGAGAGUAGCAUAUGACAAAUAUGUUAACCUGCUGACGGCGGUGACUUUCGUCUGUUCAAUAGCGAAGACUAUAAAAGCGAGCAGCACCGAGGAAUGCAGGCGAGUCAUGGAGAGAGGGAG